AUGCCGGCCGGCUCUAGCCAUGACUCUAAUGCCAGCUCUAGCCAUGACUCUAAUGCCAGCCCUAGACAUGACUGUAAUUCCAGCUCUAGCCAUGACUGUAAUGCCAGCUCUAGCCAUGACUGUAACGCCAGCUCUAGCCAUGACUGUAAUGCCAGCUCUAGCCAUGACUGUAAUGCCAGCUUUAGCCUAGACUGUAACGCCUGCCCUAGCCAUGACUGUAAUGCAAGCUUUAGCCUAGACUGUAACGCCUGCCCUAGCCAUGACUGUAAUGCCAGCUUUAGCCUAGACUGUAACGCCUGCCCUAGCCAUGACUGUAAUGCCAGCUUUAGCCUAGACUGUAACGCCUGCCCUAGCCACGACUGUAAUGCCAGCUUUAGCCUAGACUGUAACGCCUGCCCUAGCCAUGACUGUAAUGCCAGCUUUAGCCUAGACUGUAACGCCUGCCCUAGCCAUGACUGUAAUGCCAGCCCUAGCCAUGACUGUAACGCCAGCUCUAGCCAUGACUGUAAUGCCAGCCCUAGCCAUGACUGUAACGCCAGCACUAGCCAUGACUGUAACGCCAGCUCUAGUCAUGACUGUAAUGCCAGCCCUAGCCAUGACUGUAAUGCCAGCCCUAGCCAUGACUGUAACGCCAGCUCUAGCCAUGACUGUAACGCCAGCCCUAGCCAUGACUGUAAUGCCAGCUCUAGCCAUGACUGUAAUGCCAGCUCUAGCCAUGACUGUAAUGCCAGCCCUAGCCAUGACUGUAAUGCCAUCCCUAGCCAUGGCUGUAAUGCCAGCCCUAGCCAUGACUGUAAUGCCAUCCCUAGCCAUGACUGUAAUGCCAGCUCUAGCCAUGACUGUAAUGCCAGCUCUAGCCAUGACUGUAAUGCAAGCCCUAGCCAUGACUGUAAUGCCAGCUCUAGCCAUGGCUGUAAUGCCAGCUCUAGCCAUGACUGUAAUGCAAGCCCUAGCCUAGACUGUAACGCCUGCCCUAGCCAUGACUGUAAUGCCAGCUCUAGCCAUGACUGUAAUGCCAGCUCUAGCCAUGACUGUAAUGCAAGCCCUAGCCUAGACUGUAACGCCUGCCCUAGCCAUGACUGUAAUGCCAUCCCUAGCCAUGGCUGUAAUGCCAGCCCUAGCCAUGGCUGUAAUGCCAUCCCUAGCCAUGGCUGUAAUGCCAGCCCUAGCCAUGACUGUAAUGCCAGCCCUAGCCAUGACUGUAAUGCCGGCCCUAGCCAUGACUGUAAUGCCAGUCCAUCAGUACUUGACUAG